AUGAUUCUCGGCCGCCUCAUACGCACCCUCCGCGCCGAGCACCUCUCCCUGCUGCCCGUGGACUGGGUGACGCGCAUCUUCGUGACCGGCGACGUCGUCGCCUUUUCCCUGCAGGCGGCCGGCGGCGGCAUCCAGUCCGGCGGCACGCUCGACCUGUACAAGCUCGGCGAGAAGAUCAUCAUCGCGGGCCUCUUUGUGCAGAUCGUCGUCUUCGGCUUCUUCGUCGUCACGUCCGUCCUCUUCCACCGCAGGAUGAACACCCAGCCGCCGACCGGGGCGUCGGCCGCCAAGGUCCCCUGGCGGCGCUACCUCUGGGUCCUCUACGCCACGAGCGCCAUCAUCCUCGUGCGUAGCGUCUUCCGCGUCGUCGAGUACCUGCAGGGCAACGGCGGCUACCUCAUCUCGCACGAGAUAUUCCUGUACAUAUUCGACGCGCUCCUCAUGGCGCUCUGCAUGCUCAUCUUUGCCGUGUGGUACGUGGGGCAUCUGGAGAGGAAGCAAAAGCAGAAAGGGCGCCGCCGUCAUGGGCAGCAUGACGUGGAGAUGGAGAUGGGUCGCAGGUGA